ACUGUAAGCAUAGGACAGGCUGAGUCGUGGUGACCUAAGGCGCGCGCGUCUCGAGCAUGUGGCAAAAGCCCAGUGCGCCUCCAAAGCAAUGCCCUGGAUUGCAGCUGACCACAAGAGGGAGGAAGGAGCUGCAGGAUGCAUAUCCGCGGCUUGAAAGCCUGUCUUUCCCGCGCAACGAUUGCGGCAAGACCGUGGAGCUGGCCUGUGGGCGCCGGCUGGGCUACUGUGAACACGUCGACCCAAACACGCCCACCGCCCAGCUGCGCAACGUCGUUCUCCUGCCGGGAGUGCCCGGAAGCCGUCUCUUCACUCACCCCUCAAUCACGGCCACUGGCUUUGUUCCCGGCUGGCGCCUGGUGGUGUUGGAGCGGCCAGGCCUGGGGCUGAGCGAUGCACCGCCUGAAGGCUAUACGUAUACACAGUUUGCGGCUGACUUCAGGGAGUUCUGUCAACUGAUGGGGCUGCGGCGUGUGGCGGUCAUUGGAUUCAGCGCCGGUACGCCCUUCGCCACAGCCAUCGCCUGCACAUGCCGAAGCGAUGCAGCAGGGAGCGCGGCGGCGGCGGGCGGGGUCACGGAUCCUGCUGCUGCCACGCUUGCAGCGGGUGCGGUGGAGGUGCAGGUGGCAGGGAGCGCUGGCGCGGAGGAGGAGGCCGGCCCGCCGGUCGUAGUUGCUGGCGUGGCUCUGGUUUCAGCCAUCGGACCCCCCGACACGCCCAACAAGCGGCAAGGCAUGGCAAUGCUGUUCCAGUUCGCCUACUGGGCCUGCGCCUACGCGCCGUGGCUGGUGGGGUUCAUUGUGCGGUCGGAGGCGGCGGCGCUGCGGCGGCGGCCGGUGCACGCCAUGCGCGAGGCCUUCAAGCCCUACAGCGGCGCGGCGGACGUUGCGGCGCUCAAGCGGCCAGAGGUGGAGGCGGCGUUCCUGGAGAGCGGCCUGGAGCUGUACAGCCGCGGCCAGGAGGCGGCGGUGCUGCGCGAGAACCUGCAGUUCGCGGCGGCGCCCUGGGGGCUUGACCUGGGCGCCUGCAGCACCCGCGUCGCCAUCUGGCAGGGUGGCCAGGACCGCGGCUGCACUGUGCCCAUGGCGCAGCACCUCGCGCAGCAGCUGCGGGGCAGCAGCGGCGGGGGCGCGGGCGGCAGGGCAGGAGGUGGCGAGGGUGAAGCUGGAGCAGGCGGGGGAGGUGGAGGCGGUGGGGGCGGGGGCGGGGGCGAGGCAGGCUCUGCAUCCCCGGCAGCUGCAGCUCCAGCCAUGCAGGGGGGUGGGGCCAAGCCGGAGGAGCAGCAGGGGAGGGAGGGGCAGGAGGGGAAGAAGGAGGGGCAGGCGGAGGAGCGUGUGCAGCUGCACGUGCUGCCGGACCAGGGGCACAUGCUGUACUUUGACGUGUGGGGCCAGGUGGUGGCCUGGGUGGACGAGUGCUUGGCGAGCCGUUGACCAGCAGCUCCAGGCCAACAGAGGCGUGUUGCGAUCGGGCGUGAUGCGGGCGUGAGGGCGGUGGAGGGCGGUGGAGGGCGGUGGAGGAGGGCUGCGGGUUUGGAGGGUGGCUCAUGUGUGUGGUGCUGCUGCAGAGGCGCCGCUGCUGGGUUGGCGUGCACAGUUUGCCUGCACGUUUACUGGUCCUCGCCUUGGACGCUCCGGGCACGGUCUGCUUGUGUGUGCGUGGCAUGCACGCAAUGACAACGUGUCCGGGCACUGGGCAUUGCUGGGUGUAACACUGUAACAUUACAUGGCA